CAAGGGGUGAAAUGUGGUGGGAUCCUCUCUGCCUCUUCCGGCAACAUCUCCAGCCCCAACUACCCAGGUCAGUACCCGUACAACAUGGAGUGUGUGUGGCUGAUUGUAGUGGCCGAGGGGUCCUCCGUCCUGCUCACCUUCCACGACUUUGAGUUGGAGUAUCACGUCACCUGCUCCUAUGACCACAUCAAGAUCUAUAACGGUGUAUCCGAGGAUGAGGGGAACCUACUGGGGACGUUCUGUGGUGUCAUGUCCCCUCCUCAGUUCACCUCCUCCUGGAAUGUGAUGUCGAUCAUUUUCCACUCCGAUCGUCAUGUGACUCACAGAGGGUUCUCUGUGAGCUACAGGAAAGACAUGUGUGGUGGGGUCCUAACCGGUCUGUCUGGCAUCAUCUCCAGCCCCGGCUACAGUCCAGAUACCCAGUACAGCAACAACGCCGACUGUUCCUGGACGGUCCAUGUAUCCAACCGCAGCGUGGUCAGUCUGGUCUUCCUCGACUUCCAGCUGGAGAACAACGAGGGCUGUAACUUUGACUUCGUGGCUCUCUUCGACGGCCCCACCAUCACUCACAGACACCUGGGGAACUACUGUGGAGGGGAGACACCUCCUAAAAUUGUUACUACCUCCAACCAGCUGCUGGUGGUGUUCAAGUCUGACUUCAACAUCGGGGGACGAGGGUUCAAGGCUUACUACUACUCAGGUGAAUGCCAGCAGGUGCUGUCUGUACCAAGUGCAAAUUUCACCAGCCCCCACUACCCUAACAUCUACCCAAACAACAUCAACUGUCACUGGAUCAUCAACCUGGCCGGGGGCUACCGCAUCAAACUGUUCUUCAACGCUAUGGAGCUUGAGGACAGGAACAGCCUAUCAGACGAGUGUGACUAUGACUCUGUAGCAGUGCAUGAUGGGAGCAGGGAGACAGCCCCGUUGCUAGGGCGAUGGUGUGGCUCGGAACAACCCGGGUCUUUGAUCUCUAAGAGCAACAACAUGCUGGUGGUCCUCAGUACAGACAGGAAUUAUGCUUAUAAAGGGUUCUCUGCUUCCUAUGUUGGAGUGGUACCAGUUAACAUCAGCUGUACGAGGACAGAGUUUACCAUCCACAUCGCCCAGCAGUCACUGCCUGGGCUGGAACGUGAGAGUAUCUAUCUGGGGGACCGCUCAUGUCCCGCCCAGCUGACACCUACCACCUAUAAGAUACUGGCACGUUUUGAAAAAUGUGGCACUGCAGGCCAGCCACGGCGUAACAUCACCAUGCUGGUGAACACGCUCUACAUCGACUUCUCCGACGGGAAGGGGAGGAGCAUCCAGGAGUACGAGGUACAGUGCGACGCCCAGCGCAAGAUGGCCACCAUUCACAUCGUCUCAGCCGAGGAGCGCCAGAGGAUGAACGAGCUGGCCCGACGCCAAGCAGAGGGGUCUGGGGGAGGGGGAGGGAAGGAGGCAGACCCAGAGCCUCACGACCCCAGUGAUAUAGUGUUUAUUAGCAUCUGUGUGCUGGCUGUUGUACUGAUGGUGAUCGCUGUAAUCUGGCUGGUACUGCUUUAGUAGAGAUGGGGGUACGAGGAGGGAGAAGAGGGCAGAGGUGGGCGACGCAGUCUGUGAGCCAGGACACGUUGAGGUUUAUAAUGAAAACUGACAGAUAUAUUUUUGUAAUAAAAUGUCUAUAUUGCUCAUUUCAAUUGUAUCAAAACAAUUAUUUAAUAUUGUCGCCACUCUUGGCAUUCAUAACGACAUUCAAUAAAAACACAGGCAGAGAUCAACAUUUGAUUUACUUCAAUAUAUAAAAUCUAAGAUGAAUACAAAACAGCUCAAUUAAAAGAGGUAGGCCUAAUUCAUACGAUUAAUAACCGUGUGCUCCAACUGUCUUUCACCAUUUUAUAAAAAGGCACCAGUCCAGUAUUUGCCAGAAUGUCCCAGGUUUCCAGACAGGUGUUCGGGGCUAAGUGGCCAGCUAUAUAUAUAUAUAUAUAUAUAUAUAUAUAUAUACAGUACCAGUCAAACGUUUGGACACUACUCAUUCAAAAGGUUAUUCUUAAUUUUUUACUAUUUUCUACAUUGUAGAAUAAUAUUGAAG